AUGACUGAGCUGCCUCUCCUGCUGCUGCUGCUCUGCUGGCUCUUGCCUCCAACUUCUCCAACAUCUGCUGUGAGGAUGCAAACCACGUGUGUCUUGCCAAAACGUUUAAAGAUUCAGGAAUACUAUUACAGGCCUGGUGAUCUCAUUAUUGGUGGGAAUUUGCCUCUUGGCUUCUAUGGUAACACUGUCUACCUAGACUUUACAAUGGAUCCAUUAUGGUAUUCGGUCACAUUUUCAGCCAUUCCCAACAACUACCAUCAGUUCCUGGCCUUGGUGUUUGCAGUCAGAGAGAUCAACAAGGAUCUGGUUCUCCUCCCCAACAUCACGCUGGGCUUCCACAUGUAUGACAAUGUCCAGUGGGAUAGGAGGAUUUCUUUAAUCAGCCUCUUUUUGCUCUCCACACGAGACCAAAUGGUCCCAGGUUAUAAAUGUGACCAGCAGGACACCUUCUUCUCUGUCAUUGGAGGUGACAAUGGCAAAUCCUCAAUGGUGAUGGCCUCCAUCUUCAGCCUCUUCAAGGUCCCACAGAUUCUUCCCUAUUUGAGGAAUGUGCAGUUCAACAACAGUGCUGGAGAAGAAGUCUCCUUCUCAGAAGAUGGACUGGCAUCUGCUGGUUAUGAUCUCCUCAACUGGGUUUUCCUCCCUAAUAAAUCAAUUAUUCUUGUGAAAGUUGGACAAGUUGAUCCUGGGGCUCCCCCAGGCCAGGAUUUCACCAUUAACUCUGAUGCAAUCAUCUGGGCCAUGAAGGCAGGAGAGAGGAAAAGUGUUCCAGAGGGCAAGCAGGUUUGCUGCUACCAAUGUGCCCCUUGUCCAGAAGGCACCAUUUCUAAUCAGACAGAUGCUAUUCACUGUGUCCCUUGCACAGAAGACCAAUAUCCCAACAAGGACAAGAAUCACUGCAUUGCCAAGAAGAUCCACUUCCUUUCCUAUGAAGAUACCCUGGGAUAUACUUUAGCAUCUCUUACUCUUUCUCUCUCUUUGAUCACAUCGGCAGUCCUGGCAAUUUUCCAUAAGCAUCGUGACACACCGAUCGUCAAGGCCAAUAACCGAGAUCUCACCUACCUCCUCCUGGUCUCCCUCCUGCUCUGCUUCCUCUGCUCUUUCCUCUUCAUUGGUCAACCCAGGAAGCUCACCUGUCUCUUCCGACAAACUGCCUUUGCCAUUCUUUUUUCUCUUGCAGUUUCUUCUGUAUUGGCCAAAACUGUCAUGGUGGUUCUGGCUUUCAUGGCUACCAAGCCGGGGAACAAGACAAGGAAAUUCUUAGGAAAAUCACUGACCAACUCCAUUGUCUUAGCCUGUCCCCUGGUCCAAGUGGUUCUUUGUGCCAUCUGGUUGAUAACCUCUCCCCCGUUUCCUAAAUUGGAUUUCCACACCUUGAUAGGAGAGACAAUCUUGGAAUGCAAUGAAGGCUCAACUUCAAUGUUUUAUACUGUCCUUGCCUAUCUGGGUUUCCUAGCUCUUAUCAGUUUCAUGAUGGCCUUUUUGGCUAGGAAAUUGCCUGACAGCUUUAAUGAAGCCAAGUUCAUUACUUUUAGCAUGCUGGUCUUUUGCAGUGUUUGGAUCACUUUCCUCCCCACCUACCUGAGCACCAAAGGGAAGUCCAUGGUGGCUGUGGAAAUCUUCUCCAUCUUGGCCUCUGCAGUUGGUCUCUUGGCUUGCAUCUUUUCUCCCAAGUGUUAUAUUAUCCUAUUGAGGCCUGAUCUGAAUCAGAGAGAAAAUAUAAUGAGGCGCAAAAAUCUCUGA